CGUGCUUCAGUCGUUCUUUCCUUUGUUCCGCGUUGUUGAGCAACCAGAUAAUCAGAGCGCUGGCGCUAUUCUACUCCCCACAGGUUCACCCAGAAUUCUACUUCCAACAGGAUCACUCAGCAUGUUCAGCCACCAGUCAAAGUUAGACAAGAAGCAGAACAAAAAGGUCCGCGGCCAACUCAGCAUCGACACCACUUGUGCUGUUCAGAAGCAGGUCUUUCCAUACGAAACGAAAAUCCCCGAGUUGAAAUUCAUCAGCUUCUCCGAAUCACAGGCACGAAAAGCAGCAUCGAAGUUGCCUCUCGAAGAGACAACACCCGUUUAUCCUGGCGCAGAGCAGCCAGUCACCGGGUUGCAGGCCAAUGUCUCGGUGCGAAGUCAGCGAGGUGCCAUUGUGGCAACUCCGUUGGAGUCAGAGCAGGCCGUACCAUUUCAUCGGCGCCUGCUCGGACGAAGGCCAGAACCUCUGAAGCUCAAUUCCGAACAUAAGACGUCUGGCUCAGAGGUCAAUCAUGCUAUCAGCACUCAGGAUCCGAAUGCGAGACAUGGGAAUGCCGCGCCAAUGAUUGUGGUCACACCAGCUCGAGACGAAUUCUGUAGCUCCCAGGCUCUACCAGUCAAGGGAGGCCGGCCUGCGUCAAGUGUGUACUCUCGCUAUACCAACUGCAUGACCACAUCUGUAGCUCCUCCUGUGCCUCCACUGCCUUUCACGAGGAAUGCCGCGACUGGACUGAAAUCGCGGUUUUCUACUCUCACGGCCACCACUACUUUUGAGGAGGACAACUCGCCUCUAGAGUCUCCACAAACAUCUCGUUCGAUUCCAAAAUCCCGCUCGGGAGAGCCAACAGGCAAUGAUACCCCAGGUCUUCCCACCCCCAGGCGCAGUAAAGGAUGGUGGAAUGUUCUCUCGCCGUUCUCUGCUAAGUCAGCCCCGCAGCCGUCUCCUUUUGCGGCUUCGGACCGUACGCCAGUACUGCGAGAUGCUGCGGCGAUGGGUCAGUCGGACUUACCUGGGGCGGACACGGGCGAUGAGGUCUUACGCUCAGCACCCGUCUCGAUGAAGUCGCAUGACGCUGGAUCUGAGCCUGCAAAUGAAAAGUCUUUGCGAAGAUCAUUGACAGCCCCGGCAAUGCUUGAUACCGCGGCUGAAACAUUUGACAUUUACUACAUCGCGAGUACGGGACUUGCAGCGCCCUACUUUGACGUUGCUCGCCGCUUCCCUAGCCUGUAUGUGCAGGAUUCUGCCCAAGAGUGGAGUCCUUCGCAGAGCGUGUACCAGCCCGCACGCUAUAGCUAUGCCACUGAUACUGGAAAUGUGGACGACUCACCCGCUGAAGCAGCGGUUGGAGAGCUGAAUGGAGCCGAAGGAACGCCCACUCGUGACACGCCAGGCGGCCAUCACGACCCUGAUCUCGAAUCGAAGCCACCGUCCAUACAAAACAAGGCUGUUAGAGCGUCGUUUUUCUCAUCGCCCUCUGAAGAUGAGCUUCGAACUCCUCCGCAGCCAAGAUGGAAAACCAUUCGUGCUUUGACGCAGACAACAAAUACAUCCAUGAUGUCGCCGCUCUCGGCAACACCAGAAGUUCAGCAGGCUCACCUCGGCAUGCCUGUUGGUCCAGACUCGUCUUUUGCCGGGCAGAAGCAAAUUGCCGUCUCGCGUGCUCCGACACCCACUGCGCUUGAUGAGAAGAUCGUAUCCUAUUCACACGUUGAACGUGUCACGACACAAGAGUCGCCAUACCCAGCUAGUGUCACCAGGCUACGUCCCACUCAUACAAGACAAGACUCAUACGGCUUAGGCAUAUCGGAUAGUAAUCGUGAUCUGUUUCCUCCACCGACGUAUCUUGCGGAAAAACCACGACUCGGAACAGACAGAUACGGCCAACUCAAAGUCCAGAUUCCUCAGAAUAGAAUACCGUCUCGUCCAUGGUACCGUCGCCACUUCUGGCUACUCGCUUUUCUUUCCGGUGCUGUCCUGGUGCUCUUGGUGGUCAUGCUGGCGGUCCUUAUUCCACAGAAGCAUCAUGAUGUGCAGGUGCAAGCUACUUGGCUGAACCUGGCUGUCUUUCCUCCAAUAGCUAUUGGUGUCAGUACGGUGAUUCAGCCUCGAAAGACAGCGUCGAGGGAUACUUGCACCAACUCUUCUCUCUGGACAUGUAAAGCACCAGCCGAGGUCUCGAGCACGGAUUUGCCGGACUUUCGACUGAUCAUACGCUCUAGAAACGGGACACUGCCAAAGAAUGAGACUACGGUCAAGAAUAACAAGCGCGACGCUUGGAAAGAACAUAUCUAUAAUGCCUCACCCGAGGCGCCUGCAACUAAAGAUCAGAUUUACCUUGGCCGCACAACUGACAACACAAGCGAGCCAUAUAAUGGCGAAGAAACACCUUUUUACAUAUCUCUAGUUGAUCCCCUGGCCCUUGCAACUGAUUCGAAACUACAGAAGCGCAACUCGGACUUCAGCUACCCUUAUCCUAUCAAUACCGAGGAUACCACUUCCACGACGAAGACGGCUGCAGCGCCAUCGCAGAUACCUCAUACGGGUCUGAAGUCGAAUGGCAAACCCGGAGACUCCAUACUGUAUCCCUACGUUACAGCUCAGCCUCUCAGACUCUACAAUCGCGAUCAAGAUACCGAGCACUACGGAUUUUACACAUACUUCGAUCGCUCGGUAUACAUCUCAAAUCCCUCAUCUUCUUCUCCUGGAAACAGCAGCAUCAACGUCACAAGCGGCGUGGCAUUCGAAGAUGCAUCCGCAGUAUGCAGCUUCUCUCAGACAAGAAUGCUCGUUCAAAUCUGGACUAAGCAGGGCACAGUUGCCGAUUUGCCUGCAGCAGAAGCAACCACCACUGGCUCUCAGAUCGAAGCCAAGUCAUCGUCGGCGAACGACAUGACUGCCCCGGGCAGUUUCCCAUACCCAGUCACUUUCACCAUUGACCGCCACGGAGGCGAAGCCGAAAAGAAGGGAGUCUACUGCUAUGCUCUGGACGCGCAACAUCGCGUCGAUGUCAAUGAGAAAUUUUGGGUAGCGGAAGAUCGAGCGGUGGGUGGCACGCUGUUUGAUGCAGCUGAAAUACCUGGCGUGACGACGCAGGACGAGAUUUUGAGCACACGUGAUGAUGAUGAUGACGACGACGACGACGACAACGAUGAGGGACAGGGCAUCGAUGGAGGCUCGGGUGGAUGUUUCUGUCAGUGGGACAGUCAAUGAUGUGUGGAGAACAAGGAAGCACCAUGAUCAACUAAUGAGUCGUUGAAUUGUGAAGCGAACCAAAAGCGUUCCGUGGGUUGCCCCUCCUCUUUCUGGGGUACCGCUAUAUAGAUCAAAUCAAGUUGCCUUGGCCAUCUUUUGAAGAUGAUGUAGAAUAUUGCUCGUGCAUCGCUCCUUUUAGUGCACACCUUGUGCUUGUGGAACGAACAUGGCCGUCGGCAUGGCGGUCGACAUCGCGGGUACAAUGUCCUUUUCAGCAAGUAUAGUGUUCAAAGCGUCCCGUACUUCAAACUCCUCAAGUACGGCACCAAAUCCGUAACAUCGCACUUUGGGGGUAAGAUUGGUCUUGAGUCUCUCCAAGUCCAGUUUGUCCAAGUCCCGUAUCCGGUCAUUAGUGUAUAUCAUCGUCCACGCCAUGACAGGUGUGAUUUCUCCUUCGCGAUCAAUGGGAAGUCGCGCACUCAGGUCCAGGAGCUUCGCAAGAGUGUCAUUGCUAAUAUCUGUCGGCAUCUGAUGAGGAUAAUUCUCCGUGGGCUUCUCCUUGAUGUGUGACCAGGGCGCUGCACUGCCCAUCAACGCGUGGCCGGACAUGUGCUCGUGUUGGGAAUCGUCUGGGUUCUCCAUUGGAUGAUGCAUUUCUUGUCCGUCGGGGUUGUGCGAGCGUACGAGGAGAUAUUGCAUAUGGUCCAUACAUGGUCGCUCGAGCCUAUAGGAUGUGAGCGUCAGCCGAGGUGGACUUUGCGCAUAUGAUGAGCCUACCGAGUCAAACGUGAAUCGGUUCGGCUAGCUUUGAGGCGGCGGCGAUGGAUAUGGACCGGGCAUAGGCAGAGGUCUGCCCUGGGAGUCAUACGUUAAGACAAAGUCGAUUCCAAUGGAGUCGUAGUCGAGUCGAUUGUUCGGCAAUUGUGCCAUACUCCGCAUUUGGCCAGUCUGCAUCGCCGACAUCGCUUGAGGUGGUCUCAUGUGGCUAGACAUUGCUGGGGGGCUGAAACCAGUGCUCUCCGAUGUGCCUUGAUAGCUGCCUGAGAUGCUACCGCUCGAGCUCGCGCCAUAGCCGCUGUUCUCACGUUGGAACUUGAUCGGUGUUGCGCCGAAGUCGUAGGUGAUGCCAUGCUGUUGUAACAGCUCCUUCAAGCGGCGAUUCUCGUCGUGAAAUGCGUCCCGCUGACGAGCGGUUUCUGCGAAUAUCUCCUUGAGUCGAAGUACCUCCUGUUCAAGCGCCUUGAUGUACAUUUCUUUGCGCUCACGAUGCGUCCUAUCCACUGUCAGACAGCACCAUUAGGGAAUCAUGAGCUUGAUGUGUGAUACCUUUGCGCCUGUCGGUUGAGCUCUUGCCGCCUCGUCAAGGCUGGCUUGCUGUCUGGUUUAGGACCUCUCCGCUUG